AUGAUAAGUGAUCUAGGUAAUACACUUUUACAAUAUAAAAAGGACCAAAAAUAAGAUAUUUAUAAACAAAAGCUAUAGUUAGAGUUGAUUUUGUAUUUGAAUCAAGAAACAUAUAAUUGAAUGCUAGUUAUUUUUUAACAAAAGCAUAAAAUCAUAGAUGUAUGAUUUACUUACAUGGAAAUGCAAGUUGCAGAUUAGAAGGAAUUAGAUAUGCUGAAGUUCUAGCAUCAUGGGAUAUUAAUUUAUGUGUUUUAGAUUUUGCUGCUUGUGGCAUGUCUCAAGGUGAAUGUAUUACAAUGGGAGUAUAUGAGAGUUAAGAUGUAAUAGAAUUGAUGAAAUAUAUUGAAAUUAACUUUGGAAAAGUUGAUGAAUUUAUGCUAUGGGGUAGAAGUAUGGGAGCUGUUACUGCUCUUCUCUUAACUGAAAAUACUAAAAUAAGAUCUUACAUUAUUGAUAGUGCUUUUUCAGAAUUUCGAUAAUUAUUGUAGGAUAUUGGAAAUAGACAAUUUGGAGUCUUUUCUUUCAUAUUAUAUCUUGCUAUCCCAAUUUUGAGAUGGAAAAUAUUGAAUCAUGCUUAAUUUGAUAUCAAUCUUCUCAACCCAAUAGAUAAAUUAAAAUAAGUGAUUCCUAAUAAAAAGUUCUUUUUUGUUGCUGGUAAAUCUGAUACUCUCAUUUCCUAUUAAUACACUCUUAAAUUAUAUGAAAAUUGUUAAAUGACUAAAAAAUUGGAUAUUUGUGAAGGAGAUCAUAAUUCCAAUAGACCAUCUACUACAUUAUAAAGAAUUAUUGAAUUUAUAAAUGAAGCUUGUGAAUUUUAAAAUAACCAAGAAUAUUAAAUUAAGAUAGAUCAUUACUUUAAAUUUUAAUUUCAACAAUCCCUCGAAGAAGAGGAAGAUGUAUCAGAAAUUAAGACUCCUUAAACUAAACAAUAAUUUAUUAGUAUCUGA